AUGUUGUUUUCUGUUUGCUUUGGGAUACCUCACAGUGUGUCAGAUUACUAGAGUCUAUAUCUUUGAUUAUGGACAAUAUUCCGCUGAUUUUUCAGGAUAGUCAGAUCCAGUAAUUCUUCUCAAGUUAAGCUGUCGCCUGAAUGCAGUCAUUAGCCUUGAGAAGCUGAGCGCACUGGACCAAGCUUGUAAUCCCAGUGACCUAGGAGACAGAGGCAGGAGGAUGGUCACGGGUUUGAGGCCAACAUGGUCUUACACAAUGGAUUUCAGGCCAGCUAGCAUACAGUGAGACCUUAAAAAACCAACUCCCAGUGAAACACAGCCAAAGGAAUAAACGCUCAAGAGCAGUGGCUACCGGCACAUGCAGCAAGGAGGCAAACCAAGGAAUCGGACAGAGACCAGAAAUGAGAGUACGACGGACCAGUGAGGCCCGGCGGAUAAAGCCCAAUGAUGAUCAUUACGCAGAAGAUCACUAGUCUGGCUUUCGAGAUUCAUGACGGGAUGUUUCGGAAGGAUGAAGAACUGACUCCCUCGCAGAGGGGAUUAGCUGUGAGGCGCAUGCCAAGUCUCCUGGAGUAUGUAAGUUAUACCUGCAACUUCAUGGGUAUCCUGGCAGGCCCUCUCUGCUCUUACAAAGACUACAUUACUUUCAUUGAAGGCAGGCCAUCUCACAUGUCACAGGCCAGUGAAAAUGGAAAAGAAGAGCAGAAUCAUGAAAGAGCAGAUCCGUCUCCAAACGCGGCAGUCACGGAGAAGCUCCUGGUCUGCGGACUCUCUCUAUUAUUUCACUUGACCGUCUCCAACAUGCUGCCUGUGGAGUACAACAUCGACGAGCAUUUCCAAGCCACCGCCUCGUGGCCAGCCAAAGCCACCUAUCUGUACAUCUCUCUUUUGGCUGCCAGACCUAAGUACUAUUUUGCAUGGACCUUAGCGGAUGCCAUUAACAAUGCGGCAGGCUUCGGUUUCAGAGGCUACGACAGGAACGGAGUGGCUCGUUGGGACUUGAUUUCCAAUCUGAGAAUCCAGCAAAUAGAGAUGUCAACAAGUUUUAAGAUGUUUCUCGAUAACUGGAAUAUCCAGACAGCUCUUUGGCUCAAAAGGGUGUGUUAUGAACGAGCGACCUUCAGUCCGACGACCCAGACGUUCUUUCUCUCCGCCAUUUGGCACGGGGUCUACCCGGGAUACUAUCUGACGUUCCUGACAGGAGUAUUGAUGACGUUAGCAGCGCGGGCUGUGCGAAGUAACUUCAGACAUUAUUUCACUGAACCCCCUCAGCUGAAGCUGUUCUAUGACAUCCUCACGUGGGCCGCGACACAGAUAACCAUCAGCUACACGGUUGUCCCCUUCGUGCUUCUGUCUAUAAAACCGUCGUUCACGUUUUACAGCUCCUGGUAUUACAGCCUUCACAUCUGCAGCAUCUUAGUGCUGCUCCUGCUGCCUGUGAAGAAGUCUCAAAGAGGAAGGAGCACCCAGGAAAACGUUCAGCUCUCGUGGGCCAAAAAGUUUGACGAAGGAGAAAAUUCUCUGGGACAGAACAGCUUUGCCACGACAAACAAUGUUUGCAAUCAGAACCGAGACACUGCCUCUAGACACUCGUCACUGACGCAGUGACUGGGAGAGCGCGGGAUGGCGGUUUCCCGUCUGUGAACAGAAAAACCAGUCUCGACGCCUUUCCAGUGACUAACUGGGUGGAAAUGGGACAGUCUCAGUUAGGGGAUUUCCUGUACACCAGAUUGGAAAUGGAAUGAAAUAACCCUCCCCAUGCCAUGUUCCUGUGGGUCACGCCUUAUACAAAAUCUUUCCGUAUUUCAAUAGGGCACUCUGACCUCAGCAUAUGCCCUCAAGGUCAUAUGUGUGCCCUGUUGCUGAAUGUACAUUGCGUAUCCCAAGGCACUGAAGAGGUGGAAAAAUGAUCAUGUCAAUCUGGAUGAUUGACAGGUUAACUUUUUCCAAAUGAAUGUCUUGCCUUAAACCUCCUGUUUCCUAAAAUGUUCCUGGAUGGUAUUUUCCACUGAGGAGACGAUUUCAAUAAUCUGAUGUGGUGUGCGGCAGAGUGGGAUCGAGGAGGAUUUUUAAACCGGAUAUUUAAGAUUGUGGGUACUUGAAAAAUGCAAUAAACAUCUCAGUAUUUGAAGGGUUUUCUUAAGGUAGCUCAGAGGGCUGCACACAUGUAGAAGAGUCACAGUCAGGGCUGUUAAAUUCCAGGUAGCUCGUUUUGCUGGGAGCUUAAUUACCUGGUGUCAGUUAGGAGGCCCUUUCAGGAGGACUGUCUUAAACAUAAUUAAAGGUUGGCAAUGUGAUAUUUUAGGCUUAUUUUCUUAAGGAAAAAAAAAACAACUAAGAGGGCAGAUGAGGUGAGCAGGGCCAGAAUGCAGAAAGCACCGUGUGGUCCGCAGCCAGAGGCAGAGGGCUCCCCCUUCCGUGUCCAGGAUCAGUGUGAUUGUGCGGGACACAGAAGUUCAAUACGCUGAUAAUACUGUGGACUUUCUGAAGAAAUUUCUCGAGCAUAAAUUACAUAGAACUAGAGGAGGUUAUAAGAGGAACAGUAGUAGGUUAUUUGAAGAUUUUGAAGGAAAUCUCUAGGAAUUAAGGGUAUUGUCUGGUUCAUUGGUUUCUUGUCCCUGUCAUGUCUGUCGCUAUUUGGGGGAAAGUUUUAGGGAAAAGAAAACUUAGUUGCUGAGUCUAAGUGACACUUUUUUAAAUUAAUAAAUUAGUUUCUACAUUCUUUAACUUCACGCAUUAAAAUUCUUCCGUUAAACUCUUGUGAAAAUGGGUGGUAGAGUCUAUCAAAACAAAUACGUGUCUUCCUCUUUGGGCCGCUCUUGCCUUGAGUGACUGGGUGUGUCCCUGAUCCAGCAGCAGCGUGCUGUGGGUACCGCAGCUGUAAGCACGUAGGCAAGGGGUGGAUUUGAGGCCGUGGAACUGAGCCAUGGACUGACUGCAGCUUCUGCCUUGUGAGAGAGAAAGGCUGGGCUUUUGAGCCUCUCUGUUAUUUAACCAAUCUCUUUAUGAAAUUUGUUUUGGUUUUGCCUUACAUUUUCAAAUGAAAUGCACAUUGUCAGUCUACGAUGAGGUUUUUGUUUUUUGGGUUUUUUUUUUUUUUUUGGUCACUAAUACACUUGGGAGUGAAGUUAAGGAGGAACCGGCAGUGGUGGGGUAGUUUAAGAUUUCAGUGGAAGGAAAAGGUGCAGCGGCCAGUGUGGCGUUCUAGGACUUGAGAAGUAUGUGUGGCACCUUCGCCUUUCCGAAGGCAGGUUGUUUGCCUCUGACGAGGAGAGUCCUCCCCCUGCCUCUCCCAGGGAAGGGGCUGGUAAAUACUUUUUCAUAGUUUUCCGAGGUGGAUGUAGAAUUCAAGAGGAAAGAAGAGUGUUUAUGGAGGGUACCUGCCCCCAAAUGUCUCUGUGAUUUCGUGAAUACCGUGGAGAAUCCAGUCACUAUUAAAGACAACCCUCGGCAUUUCGUAAGGGAAGGCUGGAGAGCCGGUAGAAACUGCUGAGGACUUGCUGGGUCUACCCAGAACUUACACACAACCCCCAUCUAUUUCUGUUACCCAAACACAUUUUAUUUCUAGGCCUGUACACUCGAGUGGCUGUUCCUUGUUUCCUCUCAAAGAAUUUAUAAUCACAGUGCUAUCAUCCAAAAAAGCAAGACAAUAAUCAUUGUUCCAGUUCCUGGAAGAGGAUGCACGGAACAUCCAAUCUGACCAAUUUCUUUUUUUCAUUCUUCUACAGCUAUUCGUUAUAUUUAUGAGAUCAUUUUUUUAAAAAAAUUUUAGAUGGCUAUCUUCUACUUUGGAGAAAUAAUCCUGAUUAUGCAAUCUAAAAGAAAAUAAAUCAAAUUCUCAAUUUUUCUCAAAAAAUCAUGUUCUAGAAAAUGAACGUCUGGUUGGGAUGUUGUAAAGAUUAUUUCGCCUCUUAUUUAGAAGGAGUUAGAGUAAUGUUUGUGCUACUGUUGAGUGUGAAGGAGGUCAUUAUAACAUGUGCUUGGUGUGUUUAACCGACAGAACAGGUUUCAGUGUGUGUUCAUAUGAUCUUUCCACCCCUCCAGUGUCAUGACGUCACUCCAGAGAGGGUCUGUCCACAUCGUAUUUAUACUUCUGUUUGCUUAUAUACUACUCAGGGAAAAUAGAACAAAAAUAUUCUUCCCUCGGUUUCAUUUUCUUGAAACAAUAAUUGUUAAUUGGAUGCGUCUCAGCUCACUGUUUUUAAAACAACGCAUUUUAAUUAGAACUCAGAGUGACUAGGGAAGCUUGCUUAGCUUCUGGAGUACCUAAAGUUGGGGAGAAGGCUCUCUGGGCUUCAGGGGUGCCCGAUCACUGUGUCUUAGCAUGCUGGUCCCUACCAUGGAUGACAUCCAUACGGGCAUUUCCACACAUGCCACUUUUGAAGUUGCCAUCUAGAAAGUGCUGACAGCUUCCUUGGCCUGGCUGGUCCGUCUGGCUCUUGCCUAGGGAGGCCCGCCCCUCACCCCCCAUCCUGUAGGGUGAAAGGCAAAGGGAGGGUAGGUUCACAAAGGGAGCUGGUCACUGUCGGCUGCUUUUUAUUACUGGAGCUUAAGGUGCUGACUUAAAAAAAUGGUUGUCUAGCAACAGGAAGAAUACCUUUUAAUCCAUUAGCUCAGAACGGGUAGCGACAGGCCGUUUCCCCUCUGCUUCCUCUGGUUUCUGUUUCUGCUGGGUAAAACUGGAGAGGAUUUAUGCCAUUAAAGACUCCCCAUAGACUGCUGAUUUUGAUUACCAGCGUGUAUCUCCUCAGCAAUUAUUUCAUUCAGAGAAUCAACUUAUUCUGUAUUUUAAAUGACAGGAAGCAAUUUUAAAUUGCCAUCAAGAUAACCGUAAAGGUUUUUACUUUUGAAGUAAAAGGUUUUACUUUUGAAGACUAGAUUAAACAUUUAGGACAAAUGCUUUUCCGGUUUAAAACCCGUACGUUCUCAGUGUUCAACUUGUAUAUUCAUGAGCACAUCUGGACAGUCGUACUGAUCAGAUGUUCAUAAGUAUCACUCAUUGAUUCUAAGAGUUCUAAAUGAUACCUGACACAGACAUUCUUGAGAGGAAAGGCUCAUUUAUAGUAUUUGCUGCUGCUGUGGCCACUGAGGAUGGGCUCAAAUGCAUAGUUAUAAACCAGUGUUUGGAGGGGUUUCAAAUGCAUAGUUAUAAACCAGUGUUUGGAAGGGUUUCACAUGCAUAGUUAUAAUCCAGUGUUUGGAGGGGUUUCAAAUGCAGAGUUAUAAACCAGUGUUUGGAAGGGUUUCACAUGCAUAGUUAUAAUCCAGUGUUUGGAAGGGUUUCAUUUAGGCAUUAAUAGUCUACCCUGGCUGAAAUUUAACACACCCAGUUUACCCUAGGUGCAGAAUUCCAGCUUACACUGUGACUGUAGUCCUACCUGCCCUGAGGACCAUAGAUACUCGUUACACUCCACUAGUCGCGUCUGAGGAAUGGCUGAUCAUUUAUACACUUGCCUCUGAUGCUUAAUCUCUGGCUUCCCACUGCCCUUGGAAAGGUGAGUUUGUCUCAGAGAGGCCUCUGAAUGCGGAAGGAAGGGAUUUGCCUGGAAAAACAAAUCCACUCUGAAUUUUGAGUCUGAUGGAUCAGAACAUGGCAGUUCUCUACAGUGAUUUUUCUGUAACACCGGGUAGUCAAGUCUAUUUAUAGCGACUCUCCUUCUGGAAGAAAAUUUCAAACGACAUUUUCCACGUUGAUAUUUUGUAGGAUUGCUCUUCUAAUCCACGACUUAAGCUGCUUUCUGAGGCUCUUGUUGUACAGCGUGCAGCCAAUGACAUUUUAAUUAGUAGGCUGCUUAAUACUGUUUUGUAUGUUUUCAGAUAAUAAUUUAUUUUAAUAGGUUUUUAACACAAUGCAAACUCCAGUGAAGAGCUGACAAGAAGCUCCAUAGGUCAUUGAUCGGGGAAACUUUGUCCAACAGACCCUAACGACACAUUUAUACGCCAGCUAAUCUGUCUUGCCUUUAAAACUGGUGGCAACUACUCUUAAUGCCAUUUUUAUAAAGCAGGGGACAGCCUGUCUGUCCUACCACGCUUCAAAGACCUAUGUGCGACCACUGUCCGAAGCUGAUCCAGUGAGGCCUAGCCAGACCCAGCUGAGUUUCCUCCUCUUUUGCUGCUGUGACCGGCAGCGGCAAAUAAUGUGAAGCCAAAAGUUACAGAGGGAGGGAAGUGAGAUGACUGAGAAUUUCUCGGGCGCACGCCCAGCGUGGAAGCCGCUGCAGCUCCCCGCGCAGGUCUGUUUGGGGUUAACCUCUCUGAGAGACUGGUUUGUUAACGGUCUUCUCCGUCCUCUCUUUGGGGGGGAGGACACGUGCAGAGUGACUGACAGACUUUUAAAAGUGUGUCUCUUUCCCCAUUUUCAACGUCUUUGGUUCUGUGUCCGCCCACCUGUCGGUGAAGCCCAUUCGCUGCUGACUUGGUCGCACAUACCAAGGCUCCUGUGUUGACUGCAAACACAGUCUCGUCUGUCUUCUGUCACUUUUAUGUACGUGAUGGCACCCCCACACCAGAAGGAGCGUCACACGAGGUAACAGGAAUGAAAGGGACACGGAUUCCUGUGACGUGGAAGUCCCAUCGUGUCAGGGUGAAGGUGCCUGGCUUCAAAUCUGCCUUCCCUUCCGGCCGACCCGAGAGGCGCCUCAGCUCCCACAGCCAGUGCCCACAGCCAGUGCUCACAGCCAGUGCUCACCCUACUUCCCCCUCUUGUCCCAGGUGGAGAAGAACAGCGUGUGGUGGUCUGUGCUUUUCCUUUGUUUUUAUUAUUCCGAGAUAUUUUUUUAAAGAGGCGUUAUUUUUCAUUCGAUCCACAAACCAGUCCCCAUUGCACGGUGAAUCGAAGCCACCACUGUGUGGGCUGACCUGCGCCGGGAUGACUCAUGGCCGUUCUCGUUAGUCCGUGUCCUCAGAGCUGCACGGUGGCUUAUUGCUGGCUUUUAAAGGUGUUUUUAACUUACAUGUCUUUUUUUUCCCCCCUCUUAUCUGUGUGUCUUUAAAACUGAUUAAACAGUAGUUUAAAAGAA